CGCUCGGCUGCGGGGUGCCCGCCGCAGCAUGGCCCGGCCGGUGCAGCUGGCUCCGGGCUCGCUGGCGCUGGUGCUGUGCCGGCUCGAAGCGCAGGAGGCGGCGGGGCACACGGAGGAGGCCGGCGGACGCGCGAUUUUCCGCGCCUUCCGCCGCGCCAACGCGCGCUGCUUCUGGAACGCGCGCCUGGCGCGCGCCGCAUCACGACUGGCCUUCCAGGGCUGGCUGAGGCGCGGAGUGCUGCUGGUGCACGCGCCCCCAGCCUGCUUGCAGGUGUUGCGCGAUGCUUGGCGACGCCGGGCAUUGCGCCCGCCGCGCGGCUUCUGCAUCAGCGCGGUGGGUGAUGUCUUUCCGGUGGAAAUGGCCCCAAUAGCACAGUCUCAGUUUGUGCCUUUGGCUGAGGUCCUUUGCUGUGCUGUGUCUGAUAUGAAUGCAGCUCAGACUGUGGUAACCCAGGAAUCACUUUUGGAGCAUCUGAUGAAACAUUACCCAGGCAUCACCGUUCCAUCUCAAGACAUUCUCUAUACCACUCUGGGAGCUCUGAUAAAAGACAGGAAGAUUUAUCACACAGGGGAAGGCUACUUCAUCGUGACUCCUCACACUUACUUUGUCACAACUACAACCACUCAGGAAAACCGGGGAGUCUCCCUGCCUAGUGGCAGUCGCCCGGGGCCAACUUCCCUGACUUAUCUGGUGAGCGCCGAGGGCUGCGCAGGUGCAACCAAUGAGAAUGCUGCCCUUGUGUUCCAUUGCCAGUCAUGCCAGUGUUUCCCUGAUGUGUGCACUCGGGAUGUUGAACCACCACCUGCUGUGGAAGUGACUAGAAAAUGCCAGAAAGAUCUCGGGCAAUCCAAACCAUUAGUGCAGAAUCAAGCAGUUUCAGUGUCUGAGGAGAAUGAUGUCUGUGACAGCACCAAACCUUUAUUGUAUUCAAAAGACAAAGAAAAAGGCAAGAAGUUUGGUUUUAGUCUCUGGUGGCGCAGCAUAUCCAGAAGGGAGAAGCCCAAAGCUGAGUACAGCAGUUUCUCUGCCCAGUUUCCACCUGAAGAAUGGCCUGUCCGAGAUGAAGAUGACUUGGACAAUAUCCCUCGAGAUGUUGAACAUGAGAUCAUCAAAAGGAUUAACCCUGUUUUGACUAUUGACAACUUAAACAAACAUACUGUCCUAAUGCAAAAAUACGAAGAACAGAAAAAAAUUAACAGCCAGGGCACUUCCACUGAUGUGCUGACAUCCAGGCAGAAAUAUCCUUUAAGAGACAGAGUUAGGCCAAGGCAGGGUCGGCCUGCAAAGCCCCACAGGCGAAGCUAUUCACACAGGGACAGACACAAAGCAAGGAGUCAGGGCAGUGAACUCCAGCCAGCUCACGGAGCGGAGCAGCACCCUGAGCUCCCUGCUCCACAGCCCACUCCCAGAACCAAAAUCCCAAACGAAGCAGUAGGACGGACACAACUAAGUGAGAAUUCAACAGUGCCAGGCUCCCAUCUGAUUUACAAAAAGCGAAUCAGUAACCCUUUUCAGGGGUUGUCUCUGCGAGGGAGUCCAAUAACCAAAGGACACAGCAUUCACAAGACCAGUGACAUCAAACUCCGACAGAUUGGUCCAAGGGAAAGACCUCUCCAAAGGUCACAGUCUUGGGACUCCCUGGGACUCUUUGAUGGUGAAGCCAAACAGCUGUGUGCUGGACAUGCUGAUGAAAAAUUACAGGGAGAAUCCAUUCAUGUGAAUAACUCUGUUGUCAAGCCCAUCAGGGAUGGGUACAGAAAUAUCCUCUUAAAUUACUCUCAGUCUCAUGUUUUACAAAGAAACGGUAGUACAUGCUGUUCCUUUAGGGAAAGCAGGUCAAAAUAUAAUGCAUAUGGGGAAGAAAAUGACCUAAUCCCAGAUGUAUUGAACAGUCAUGCUUACUUUGACAAGUCAGGGGAAACCAAAGACACACAGCAUAUCCCGCCCUCACCAAAUCUCUCCUCUUUGGGCCAAACACGCACUGCUUCCAGAUCAGUGGAUCAAACGAUACACCAGUUUCAAAAUCUUGGCCUUUUGGAUUACCCAGUUGGUGCAAACCACUUGCAAGAACCUGAGCAAGACAGGGACUCUGAAGAACCAACUAGGAUAGCAUUUGUCCAGGAUGCAGAGACUGGGAGUCUAGAACACAGAGGGCUUCCAGACGAGGCUCAGGCCUUGUCUCAGGAUGAGGUGGAGGGGGAGGAUGGGGCCUGCAGUUCAUUAUAUCUAGAGGAUGAUGACUUCUCUGAGAAUGAUGACUUCUGUCAAAUGCUGCCUGGCUGCAUGCAGUUUCCCUUAUCAGGCAGAAACAAGUGGAAUUAUUUAGAAAAGCAAAAAGUGAUGGAGAGGUCUCUGAGUGAGUAUAACAGCAAUACAGACAGGUUUGUGCCUCAGAUGAAUGCAAAAAAUGAAGAUUGUAAACCCACUGGGUUGCUCACAAACCCAGGCGAAAGCCAAAAACCUGAUCUGUCUGCAGAAACCCAUGGACUAAAUUCAGGGACUCCAUUUGGUUUUAACUGUGAAGAGGAACCUGGUAUGACUAACUGUUCACGGGCCCCAGCACCUGCUGAUGGAAGUGUGUUUGGUAACUGCAAUGCCAGGAAGGCCACUGCUGAAGCUGAAAGCCUUGGAGACCUUGACCGUAUCAGAGAAGUGAACACAGCCAGCUGGAGCUGGAGUGCAAAGAAGCAGGAAACAAGAAAGCAUUUCAAAGAGCUUUUCAAUGGAUCACACAUGCCAGUGUUGGCUCCGGAUGUGCAACAUGAACACAGUCACCUGGAAGGAACAGAAACUCACAGUGUGGCGGGAGACAGUGGAAUAGAUUCUCCACGGACACAGAGCCUGGCAUCUAAUUCAGUCGUUUUGGAUGGAUUGAAAAGAAGGCAGAACUUUCUGCAGGAAGGCAUGAACAGCAGUCAGACACCGACAUCCAGUUCCUUACUACAGCUAACUCCUGUCAUAAAUGUUUAAUCUUCUUUUGAAACUGUUAUGUUUUGUAAAAAUGUAAGCCAUUGCUAAUCUUUCAGCUGAGUGUGUAAGAACCCUCUAAGGUUAAGCUUAUGGACUAUUAACCUCAUUACAUAUUUUGUUCUAAUUACUGGAUUUCUCCCUUUUGAUAGUUUAAAUAAUUUGAAAGCUUAUUUUUACUAGGAAUAUAUUGGGAAAGUAUAGGUUAUUUACAAUAAAAAUAUUAAAUUUUUGGUUCUCUUCCUAUAAUUGAAUUUUCUGACAUUCAUUAGUUUAUGCAUAGGAUACUAUUUUACUACCUAAUAGUAAAUUUCUUUACAUACGCUAAUUCUUUUUUAAAGGAACCAUCUUUUGCUAUGUUCUCCUUGGAAGAUUAUGAAUGUUCUUAAAAUAGAUUUAUUUUUAUUGGAAAGGCAUAUUGACAGAAAGAUCGUCCAUUCACUGGUUCACUCCUUAAAUGGCUGAUUGAAAUGAGCUGACCUGAAGCCAGGAGUCAGGAGCUUCAAGUCUCCAAUGUGGAUGCAGGGUCCCAAGGCCUUGGGCCAUCCUCUACUGCUUUCUAAGACCACAAAUGGGGAGCUGGAUGGGAAGUGGAGCAGCCGGAAUGCAAACCAGUGCCAAUGGGAUCCUGGCACUUGCAGGGUGGGAGAUUAGCCAUUGGCUGCAGCCACUGCUGCAGACCCUACAUACACUAAUUAUUAUGAGGAUCUCACCAGAUUUCAUCACACAUUUCAAAAAAAUGCAGGUCUUAGAGUUGUACAGAUACUGUCUAACUAUGUAGGCUUUUGUUGUAGGCAGUAAUUUAUAUGAAUUUAUAUGAAUUUAUAUGUUGCC